GUGUUCGAAUGAUAGCGUUACUCCGACAUUUUAUGUUUGUCCAAUCUGUUUUUCAAAUCUGGAAUAAGUGCUAUUUACUCUGUUAUCACUGUCGGUGUUUUUUAUGAUUAAUUUGUUUCUUUAAAUUGUAAUUAGUUAAUAUAAACGGUUAAGAUGGAGGCUGUACCUAUGAAUUCGUCUUAUUUACCAACUGCUAUCUUUUGGCCACUGGUCAUCGUCGUUGGAGCUUUAACUGCAUUGUAUUAUUACAUGGAAACGUCUCGAAUGGUUAAGAUGGGAAACAAAUUGCCAGGGCCAAAAACUGUGCCAUUCUUUGGCAAUGCUCUAUUAGCAUGGGGCGUGAAGCCAGAAGAUGUUCUGACAGAGGUUCUAAAAUAUGAUAUCUACGGAAACGUAGCAAGAGUGUUUCUAGGUCCAAAGCUAGUGGUUUUUCUUGUUGAUCCACGUGAUGUGGAAAUUAUUCUCAGUAGUCCAGUUCACAUUGACAAAUCGCCGGAAUAUAGAUAUUUUGCACCAUGGUUGGGCGAAGGUCUACUUAUCAGUACUGGUGAUAAAUGGCGUACUCACAGAAAAAUUAUUGCACCAACUUUCCAUCUUAACGUUUUGAAGUCAUUUGUCCCUUUAUUUUACGAAAACAGCAUUGAUCUUGUCAACAGAUUAAAGCCAGAAGUUGGCAAAGAAUUUGAUUGUCAUGACUAUUUAUCGAGUAUCACUGUUGACAUUCUUCUGGAAACGGCUAUGGGAGUACGAGGCGGUCAGAAAGAAAAGAGUAGCUUCGAUUACGCUAUGGCAGUCAUGAAAUUGUGCAACAUUAUUCAUCAAAGACAAUACAACUUUCUAUUACGUAUGGAUACGUUCUACCAGUUUACUAAAUUCGCUAAGCAACAACAAAAUUUCCUCGAAACUAUCCACGGUUUAACAUCACGUGUGAUCAAGAAGCGUAAAGCAGAAGUCUUUGACAAGCUCGAUAUUUCAAAGGAACCAGCAGCACCCAAGAAAGAAUCAAAAAAUGAAUCGACUACGAUUAUUCAUACGAAAAAGCAAGAACCCGAAAUGAAAUACGUCAGAGAUGAUCUUGAUGAUAUAGACGAGAAUGACGUUGGUGAAAAAAGAAGACUUGCAUUUCUUGAUUUGAUGUUGGAAAUGAGGAAAAACGGAGAGCAACUGACCGAUGAGGAAAUCAAAGAAGAAGUUAAUACUAUCAUGUUUGAGGGUCAUGAUACUACUGCAGCUGGAUCAAGUUUUGUUCUUUGUAUCCUAGGCAUUCAUCAAGACGUUCAGAAUAGAGUGAUGGAGGAACUGAAUGAAAUAUUCAAAGGCUCUGAUAGACCUUGCACUUUCCAAGAUACACUCGAAAUGAAGUACCUUGAAAGAGUAAUUUUGGAGACUUUGAGAUUGUUUCCACCCGUACCCGCCAUUGCUCGGCAACUUAAUCAUGACGUUCAAUUAGCUUCUGGAGACUACGUUGUGCCAUCUGGCAGUACUGUUGUUAUUCCACAGUUUAAGAUUCAUCGACUCAAAGAACAUUAUGCUGAUCCUGAAACAUUCAAUCCUGAUAACUUCUUGCCAGAAAAUACUCAAGACAGGCAUUAUUAUGCUUAUAUUCCAUUUAGCGCUGGACCAAGAUCUUGUGUCGGUCGUAAAUACGCAAUGCUAAAACUAAAAGUUCUGCUGUCGACAAUUUUAAGAAACUACAAGAUAAAAUCCGAUCUUUCUGAACAAGAUUUCAAGCUACAGGUAGACAUCAUCUUAAAAAGGUCCGAUGGCUUCAAAAUAAAGAUUGAACCACGAAAUCAAUCCAUAGUUGUAUAGAUUUGAUUGCAUGAUUGAAAUUCCAUCUUCUUGUACAUUAUUUUUACGAUAGUUUAAGUAGUUAGUAAGUGUUUGUGAAAAUCGAGAAAUCAGUCAUGUUCUAUAGGCAAAAGAUUAUCAUCUACGUUUAGAGUUGAACAAUUGUCUUUUGACUAAUAAUUUGUAUUUUAACUAGACUGCAUCAUAAUCUAUUAUAAAAAGUAAAACUCUUAAAAAAAAUUGAAAUAGUUAUUUUUGGACCAUAGUUACAUGCUUUAUGCUAUAUAGCAGAUUACUAAAUUAGUUCAUUACAAAGAUUAAAUCACAUUGACGAAUAAAUUCCACAAUGUUAUCUUUUGUUAUCUCUUAUCGGUUAAAGUAAAUCAUCAUUUUAAUAAAUAAUAGUAUUUUGCUCAUGAAACUCGAUAAAUAAACGAAAUCCACUUGCAUGUACAA